CGUCUCUUGUGGCUUGAAACGCAAGCUAUCCUCUCCUCUUCAGUUUCAGCAACCAUUCCUUUCCUCGCCAGAAUUUUCUCUUCGGUAUAUCUUAUUUUCCAAUUGAACCCCAGACUUCCUUUCCCUUUACAGAAGUACACUCCGAAGAGAAACAUGGUGAGCGAUAGUGAAUCGAAGAGAAGCGCAGAAACUAUCAAGUUUCUUUGUAGCUAUGGUGGUAAGAUUCUUCUACGACCCAUUGAUGGAAAGCUUCGUUACGUUGGUGGUCUUACUAGAAUUCUAGCCGUCGAUCGUUCUAUAUGCUUUACAGAGCUGAUGGUUAAGCUUGGAGAAUUUUGUGGAUAUUCUGUGGAAUUGAAGUGUCAGUUGCCGAAUGGAAAUUUGGAGAUGCUAAUUUCUAUCAAAUCCGAUGAGGAAUUGGUGCUUCUCAUUGAAGAAUAUGAUCGAUGCUGUCCUGGUUCGAAGAUUAGAGCCGUUCUCUCCACUCCAAAGUCACUCAAAACCGUCUCUCCUCCUCCAUCAGCUCCUGCAAGUGUCGAUUUCUAUCCUGUCAAAAAUGCCUUCCAUUUUCGAAGAUCUGGAAGUUGUUCACCGGCGAUUGGAUAUCCCAUCGGCGUUUACAAGUACUGCGACAGAGUCCGUUAUAAUCCAUUUCAUGGAGAAGAAAAACUAGAAUUCUGCUGUGGAGACCCUCGGUGUAAUGGGCAAGGAAAUCCGAGAUUUCGGCGUUUUGACCCUUACCGGAACAAGAAUUGGCUGGGGUUAGCAAAUUAGCAUAUAGAAAACUAAUUUUUUGAAAUGAAUUAGUUUAUACAAAUUGAGGACAUAGAUAACGAUAUGGAAAAGAAAAUUACAGAGUGAGAAGGGUGAAGUUUUGAUAUGUGAUUGGAUUAUUAAUUUCAGAAAUUAUUUUUUGAUUUUGUUGCCCUGUGCUGUGAGUUGGUUUCUUGUUCCGGCCAAUAUUUUCGCCGUUAGACCUCCGAUUAUGGCCGUUAAGUUUAAAUCGCAUUCAUCUGUGAUCGUCGCAGAUGCUUUCAGUUA